CAGUACCCCACUAUGCACCUGUGCUCACCUACACCGUUGAUUGUUAACAACCCGCUUGCUUGCUAGUUAGUCUAUGUACAACAACGGAGGUGGUACCGCGCUUCUUCUCGAUGUCCGUUUACGGUACCAUUUGUUGGAUCGUUGUUACAUGGUGUUUGUGAAGUGAGUGCAAAAGGGCUAAGCCCUUUGUGAUAAUAGUAAAAUGACCGUCACGUAUGGGGGGCGAGUGCCAAACGGUAGUACCUUCGGAUGUUUCUGGAAAGUUCUAGGAAUAUGGAGAGGGAGCGUGUACAAAUUAGUGUGGAGAGAACUUUUAGCUUAUUUAUUUUUAUAUUAUGUGAUAAAUUUUAUUUAUAGGUUUGCAUUAACUCCUCCUCAACAGAGGAUAUUCGAAAAAAUUCGGCUAUAUUUUGGUCAACAGAGUGAGACGAUACCAAUGUCUUUCGUGUUAGGUUUUUAUGUAUCUUUAGUGGUAGGAAGGUGGUGGGACCAGUACAAAUUGCUGCCUUGGCCUGAUACUCUUGCCUUGUUCCUCAAUGCGGGCAUUCCAGGCGCGAAUGAAAGACAAAGACUGAUGAGAAGAACUAUAGUAAGGUACGCCGUUUUAGCUUAUGUUAUAACAUUACAAAGGAUAUCGCUUAGGGUAAAGAAGAGGUUUCCAACUUGGCAACACGUUGUAGAUUCAGGUUUGAUGAUGGAAAGCGAAAAGAAAAUUUUCGAGCUGAUGGACGGUAGGACGCCGAUGUCAAAAUAUUGGAUGCCGCUUGUUUGGGCUACGAACAUCAUUAACAGAGCUAGGAAGGAGUCCAUAAUAGGGAGUGACCAUAUAGUACAAACGCUUUUAAUGGAACUGUCUGAUAUAAGAAGAAGGCUGGGAGGUUUGAUAGGAUAUGAUACUGUUAAUGUCCCGUUAGUUUAUUCUCAAGUAGUCUCACUGGCAUUAUAUGUGUAUUUCUUAGCCCAAUUAUUUGGGCGUCAAUUUGUUCCGUAUGCAGACAAAGAAGACUUGGGAAAAUGGGAUAAUGUGGAUAUGUACUUUCCAUUCUUUACAGCAAUUCAGUUUUGCUUCUACGUUGGAUGGUUAAAAGUAGCCGAAGUAUUGAUCAAUCCCUUUGGUGAGGACGACGAUGAUAUCGAACUGAAUUGGCUCAUCGAUAGGCAUAUCAAGGCUUCCUACAUGAUUGUUGACGAAAUGCACGAAGAACAUCCUGAAUUACUGAAGGACCAAUAUUGGGACGACAUAAUUCCAAAAGAACUUCCUUACACAGUAGCUUCUGAGCAUUAUCGACGAGAAGAACCCAAAGGUUCUGCAGAAAAUUACAAGAUAAAGGCUCAAGAUGCUGUUUAUGCCAACGUAAUGAGUCCGCAUCCGAAGAAAUCUCUAAUUCCCGAGGACAUGUAUGCUGAUUAUGAAAGUGUUGAUACGCCCAUAGUAGAGCGAAGGAAGAGCAACUGGUUUUCUAGACAGAUAUCCAGAACAGGCAUGGGUUCGAUUAGAUCUGCUUCAACAGCCUAUUCUUCGGGAGGUCUUUUUGGUCGGCAUAGAUACUCUGUGGAUGUUAAUCCUGAAAAUGGCCAGUUACCAGGAAUGCCACCGCCUAAAAUGUCCAUCGCCGACAGAUUUGUAGGAAGAAAAAGUGGGAGGACUAGGAAUUUGAAACCAAUAAAAACUACAGGAAUCCCUGUCAAGAAUCGACCUCGAAUUCCUACUCCAGACGUAACGAAAGAAGUUUUAGAACGAGAAAGUAAGCUAACACAAAGCGCAAGUAACAUCCAAAAUCAAAUGUCUGGGGUGACACUAAUGUCACAACAGUUGCCAGCAGGGUAUCAUCCUUCAUACCCUACGGUAGAUGUUCCGCUUGUACAGGUGGUUCUAUCACCAAUCCAAGAACUCGACGGCACUGGUUCGGUGAACAACACGUUGCACCCCAAUCAACCCGGCACUGCUGCACUAGCACAAGCUAUACUUUCUCCCGGCCUUGGCCCAGUCCUUACCACACCAGUUAGUGUACCUAUGACUGUUUCACAGCUUACUUCCCUCCAGUUGGCGUCGCAUCCCAACAGUCCCUUACUGGCAAGAGCAUUCGAUCAACAAAAUCUGAGGAGUCCUGCUUUUAUACAGGCUUUCGAAGCACCUAUUAAAACACCAAUGACACCUCACACGCCCCUCACGCUCACAGAAGUACAAUCAGAAGAAGAAAUCCCGACGAUCAAUAGGAGAAACAAUGAUUCCCCAGCAUCAGACGCAUCCCACGCUUCAAAGGGAUCGAUAGCUUCGAACACAACAGCUUCAGUUACCUCCAAUAAGUCUCUAGAUCUGCCCGCGGCCGAAACCGAUACAGACACAGUUGCUUUGAGCAAUUUCGAUGGAUUGCCCAAUCUAUCAACACCAAUCGCUCAAAGAAAAACCGAUACCCAAAGCUCAGCUAGUUCUAAGGAAGAACAUUCUUUAAGUCCCAGUGCUUCGGCACCAAAUUCCCUUGCAUCGCUCGGUGCUAGCUUAGCAGCUGACAGAAUAAGAAAAAUAUCUUCACAGAGUGCUGUUGAGAACGCUUCGAAAAAGAGAGAAGUGUAUGUAUGAUGAUAGACACGAAUUAGUGCACAGACUGUGACUAAAAAGGUGCUAUUGGUAGGAAAAAUUGUUUUGUACAAAAUGUGUUACUGUAAGGACGUACUGUGAAAACAUUGUGGUCUUUCUGGUUUCUACAUAUUUUCUAUGAAAAGAUAAUUUUAGAACAAGGUUGGAAAUACCAAAGUGAUUAUAAGGAAUAUACCUAUCAUCUUUAUAAAAAAUUACAAAAUGUUUUUUAGAAAAUAUUCUAAACACUAAAACUAUUCUUAAUCCCUAUGUCAAAUACAAAUAAGAAAUAUAAUCCUCUACCAACACUAAUCAAAUAUUUAUUACCUACUGGUUAUUUUAUUUCUCAUUAUUUAUAUCGCUCCAAUAUUUCUAUUUUUAUUUUUUUUAUCUAUAAUAUAAAAAAUAUGUUUCAUUUUAUAUAGCAUUUCUGUAAUUUAUCAACGAAUUUUAUACAUUUUAUUGUCUUUUUUUGUUGUAUCGAUCAAUAAUCUUAUAUUAUAUACACACAAACAAGUGAUUUUCUUACUAAAGCUUCUUAGCUAAAGGAAAAAUUUGCUAUACACAUUACUAUGUAGGCAACUCACAGUAUCCGCCAAUACAAAUCCCACCAUCAAAAAUCUUCGCGCCAGCCUUUACGCAAGCGCAACUCCAGCGAACCUUGAAAUGAACGCUCCAUAGCUUUAAAAAGAAUUCUUUUAAGCAUUAAACUGUGGUCUAAGAGGCAAACUCAUACGAAAAUGUACUAGCCUAAAGCAGCUUAAAUUAAUUUAUCUAUAAACAUUCAUUGCUAUGCAAAUACAUAUUAUAUCUUGGGACGUAUAAGUGCCGACGGUUUCGAACCUUGCCAACUAUACGCCUCUCUCUCUCUCUCUCUCUCUCUCUCUCUCUCUCUCUCUCUCUCUCUCUCUCUCUCUCUCUCUCUCUCUCUCUCUCUCUCGCUCGCUCGCUCUACUAUUACUUUAUUAAGCAAACGUCCUUGAUGAAUUUGGAAAUAUUUGCUGUAAAUACCUACUGUAAUUAGUCGCCUAUAAGACCACAUCGUUUAUGAUUACUUGCCGUAGGUACCAGAUUUUUAAAAUAUUUUCUAUUUUGUCUCAGAUUCUUUUACUGGACAGUUUUUUGUGAAAAUGUUUGUGUAACCCACAGAGUUCUAUUAAAUAAACUUGAGGUUGAACUCACUAUGAUCUUAUUAAGACAAAAUUAAAGCCGGCUAAAGGGCGCUAUUUUUCAGCGGAAAAAAUUAAGGGGGCAAUUUCUGAUUGAAAAUAAGAAAAUUUUGAAAGAUCUUACUUAUGUUAACUUUAUUUAUGAUCUUUAUCAUGGAAUAAUGAAGUUUAGGACUUGCUUUAUCCACUUGAACUUGUAAGCAAACAAAACGAUUGUUUGGAGAAACAAUUACAAAAAUGAUACCUGAAAUGUUCAAUUAUACACAAUUCUAAAUUUUUCAAACCUUUUUCAAAAUUUUUAAGUGUUUUGAAUUCAUAUUUUGUGGUUACAGUCCUUACAUUGGUGUUGCAGCCCUUACAUUCAAGUAAUAUCUUCUUUUCUUAUCAUGAAAUAGUCUAUUUUGGAAGUGAUUUUGUCCACUUUUGUACUUAAUAAGUUGAGUUUCUCUCAUUUGAAAGAGUUUAUUAACAAUCGCCAUAUCUAAUGAUGUUGCUAAUCCAAGCAUAUUAUCUCCAGCUUCAUUUCUAGUUUCAAAACCUAGUCCGCGUAUUGCUUCAUAUCCUGUCUUGGAUUGGUUCACAUUAAAAUCAUCUCCUAUUAUAACUUUAUCCUCUGAUGGAAUAUCAGUAUGUCUCUUAAUUGAUCAUAGAAAGCUCUUUCAUUCUCACCCAGCCCUGUGCGAGGAUCAUACACACACCCAUCCAAUACUUCUUUAUCAAUUACAAAUUUCACUGACAUUAGUCUAUCACUCGUUCUUACAACUUCUACUACGUUAUCUUUUAUUUCACUGUCAGCAAUUAACUCCAUUCCUAGUGUUAUUUUUCCCCAUAUAAUACCCCAAUUUGUAUCCUUCUUCUAAUUCUUUGGCCCUUUCCAGCUAGUUUCUUGAAAGCAAGCAAUUUGAACUCGCCUUCGUUUCGCAUCUACUAACUCCACACUCUUACCUGUCAGACUACCAAGAUUCCAAGACCAUAUUUUAAUUUUUCUAACCUCUAAUGGUGUUCCCCCUGAAAUAAUGUUGACCUGGAAAUCCGAACGUAGACUCAUUUUGCUUCUGAAACAUUUUAGCUCAGGAGAUGCCAUCAUUUCAGUUUUAUUGCAUUGGAUACGGUCUUUUCAUUAUUAUGGCCUGAAAAGAUGCUUUUUCCUUUUCUAUCAGCAUCAUAUCCUGCACUAUUUAGCCAACACACCACCACUGCAACCAAAGUACAGUAUUGCCCCACACCCGCUUGCAUUUUUCUGUAUAGGCCAGAAUCCCUAAUGCAAGGACUGCUUUAGAAAUGUAUUGUUGCCCGUAUCCCACCACUAGGAGCCACGUACUUGAUUUGGGAUACAGAUUUCCUAAAAGACUAAUAAAAUAAAAAAACUGACUUCGAAAGAUAUGAAAAAAUGACACGGCUAGAAUAAAAUAAUAAACAAAGGAAACUAGGCUGGGAAAAAUGAAAUUAAUAUAAUCUACAGCUUUCUUUUAAUGUAGAUAUAAUAUAUAAACUGUAUUGAAAUUAUUUUCUCAGUAGUGCUCACCAAACCAUUUAAACAACAGUAAAGAAUAUAUGUAGCUAGGUUACUGUAAAUAAGCAUUAAAAAACAAUAAAUUAAAGCAUUUUCUAAUUUUAUUACAAAAACUAAUUUUACUUGUUAUCUUGUUAAAAGAAACUGCUAAUAAAGUAUGGAAUUGUGAUAUUUUUAGAUUGUACGACUUGCAAAACGUUAGUCCAUGCUAUUCACCAAAUGUUAUUGAGGGUUAUGUAUUUAUAAUGUAUAAAUUUUUAACAUUUUAUUCAAAGUGAUUUUAAAACACAUUAAUAUCAUAAAUAGAUGCCAUUUGUUUUAUCAUUUUAUCCGUAUUUAGGUAUUAAAUAUUGUUUUAUACGUUGUAAAAAUAUCAAUAAUUAUGUAUUGUAUUUUUGAAACUAUGUUACUCGGAUUGUUGAUAUUCAUUUAUUUUGUUUAUCUGUGAUUUGUAACUGUAACACAUUUUAAUAUGUUAUGAUCAAUAAUGAAUUUUGUAUUUAAACAAAUGUAAAUUGAUAACAAACGUAAAUUUUUAAAUACUUUACUGUAAGACUCAUAUCAUCCACGUCUUAAAACAUGACACGAACAUACAUGUACAUAAUAUAUAUUACCAGUUGGGAAUAAAAGUUGGUUUAAAUUUAAAGAA